CUGCUUUUAGUUUCCACUGACAAAAAAUGUGGGCGUGAAACAGUAUUUAAUCACAAUCAAGAAAGCUUGUUCAUGAAGCUACUUUAUAAGGAUACUAUUUAAAUAAGCUAAAUGAAAGGCUAUUUCUCAAAGUUUGUUUUUGUCUCCAGGCGGCCACUGUAGUGAUUUACUUUCGCAGCAAGUUUUCAAACAUUAAAAUAAAAUUCUUAAAGCGAACAACGAGCAUACUAAUGGCACACAGGCCAAGAGUUGUUUUUUUUAUGGACGGGAAUGGGUGGCAGUCAACAAGCGUUUCCUCUCGGAACACAACACGCCCAUCUUACGUAAAAGGGGCGGAGGCGGAGGUUUAAAAUGCCGGCUAAACGUGUGGCCACAACAUCUGCUCCUCCGCGUCAGAACAACCCGGAGAGAAGGAAGUAGGUCGUAAGCCACGCUGACGCUCUGAAAGACUCCCGCCUCAUUUAGAAACACGAUAAAAAAAACAAAACGAAGCGUUCUUCUUAAAGUUUAGUUUUAAGUUAAGUAACUUUGAGCAACAUGGCAGAGAAGGUUGAUCUGGAGGAAGUGAAGGCGUCCAACGGCGAGGCGCACCGCGAUGAGCCGCUUGCCAACGGGUUUGCCGGGCAGAGGAAGGGCAGCCCGGAGCCGAUGUCGGAGCGGGUGAAGAGGAUCGUCAAGGCGAACCUGCUGGUGAUCCUGACCGUGGCCGGGGUCAUCGUGGGGGUCUUCAUCGGGCUCGGUGUGCGCACCGUGUCGCCGACCAUAACCCAGCAGAUCUACAUCGGCUUCCCCGGCGAGAUUCUCAUCCGGCUGCUGAAGAUGAUUAUCAUCCCCCUGGUGGUGUGCAGCUUAGUGUCCGGAGCGGCGAGCAUCGACCCCAAAGCUCUGGGGAAACUGGGCGGCUGGGCUAUGCUGUUCUUCUUAGUGACCACCUUGAUAGCCUCGUCCAUCGGCGUGGUGAUGGCUUUCAUCAUCAAGCCGGGAAAUGUGGAAAUGAACACCACGGCAAACGCUAAAGACAUGACUGAUGGUAUCCCGGCGAAUAAAGAAGUUAUAGACUCCUUCUUAGACCUGAUAAGAAACAUCUUCCCCUCCAACCUGGUGUCUGCCGCCUUUCAGUCGUACGGAACGUCCUACAAGAUGAUGAACACGUCCGGCAUCCCAGAGAAGGUUCCCAUCGGAACAGAUCAAGAUGGGAUGAACAUCCUUGGGUUGGUGGUGUUCGCUAUUGUUUUCGGUGUGGCUCUGAGGAAGCUGGGCGAAGAAGGAGAGAUCCUCAUCAAGUUCUUCAACUCAUUCAACGAGGCCACCAUGGUGCUGGUGUCCUGGAUCAUGUGGUACGCCCCUAUAGGUAUCAUGUUCCUCGUCGCCGGUAAGAUUGUGGAGAUGGACGACGUCGGCAAGCUGUUUGCCAGCCUGGGAAAGUACAUCGCCUGCUGCAUGAUUGGCCACGCCAUCCAUGGCCUGCUGGUGCUGCCCUUCAUCUACUUCAUUUUCACCAGGAAGAACCCCUACACCUUCCUGUGGGGCAUUUUCACAGCCUUGGCCACGGCUUUUGGAACCAGCUCCAGCUCUGCCACUCUGCCCCUCAUGAUGAAGUGCGUGGAGGAGAAGAACGGCGUCUCCAAGCACAUAAGCCGCUUCAUCCUGCCCAUCGGCGCCACGGUCAACAUGGACGGGGCCGCGCUCUUCCAGUGUGUGGCGGCCGUUUUCAUCGCCCAGCUUAACAACACCAGCCUCAACUUUAUCCAAGUCAUCACCAUCCUUGUGACGGCUACAGCGUCCAGCGUCGGAGCUGCGGGUAUACCUGCAGGCGGUGUGCUGACCCUCGCUAUCAUCCUGGAGGCAAUUGGACUGCCCACCAGCGACAUCUCUCUCAUCCUGGCUGUCGACUGGCUUGUUGACCGCACCUGCACGGUGCUGAAUGUGGAGGGCGACGCCUUCGGAGCGGGGCUCCUGCAGCACUUUGUGGACAAAACAUCCAAACACGAAGGAGUGGAGGAGCUGAGCGAGGUCAGGAUGGACGGAGACGCGGCCGCCGCCAUGCCUGAGCACUCGCCGCUCAUCGAUAAGCGAGGCUUGGAGGGCGCGAAAGGAGACCUUUCUUCCGAGAAAGAGUCGUCCAUGUAACGCAGACUGUGACUUCUACCGCAAACCCUCCUGCAAACACAAAACCUAAGCUCCCCCUGUUGAGGAAAGAGUCCAAGGAGAGACGACGGACAAGCACACUACAAUGCAAAGCAACGCUCUCGGACCUCAAAUGCUGUUCUGGACGGGGUGCAGCUAAUAUCUUAUGGGAUUUAUAGAAACCAUGAUACACUCAGUAGGUUAUUUAAUUUUUUGGGGGGGGAAUAUGAGACUGAUUUUUAAUUUGUAUUAUUAUUACUUCUCCCUCAUGUUUAUCUGAUGUAUUCGGUUGGUCUACUCUGAAAUCAGAUUGGAAGGUUUCAUAAGCCACUUAAAAGAAAACAGACUAUUUACAUCGAGGAGCGGCAGCAGCAGAUGACACAUUUAUUCAUGCUGGACAAAUGAAUAUGAAUGUCUGUUGCUGAAGCGUUCUUCUGUCUUAUGUGCAUCACUGUUCUUCUGACAGAAACUCUUUUUAUACAUAUAUUUAAAAAAUAAUAAUAACAUAGCGUCCAUAGUUACCACGUAGUCUUUUUUUAGAUUUAGAAGGUUUUGUAAUGCCGCAUGUGAAAUUAAAACAAGAAGAAUGAUAUGCUUUUCAAAAUGGGAUGCAGAUUUAAAAAAAAACAACAAAAAAAAACAUAUAUAUAGCCACUUUCAUGCAGGUUUCUUCCAGUGGAGAGUUUCAUAGAUUUGCAUCAAUGCAGCAGUGCUCAAGUGUUACAACAGUCCUAUUGUUGUUUUUGUUUGCAAUUUCCUUUUUGGUGUAGAAUUGUGACCAAUCGUGUGUGACCAAUCGUUUUAUCAACUAGUGUUCUGUUAGGUUUUUCAAUUGAAGUCGACGCUUUGAAGAGACAAACAAUCUACAACACGCUGCUGUGAUCUAUAGUCAUUGCCCUAAACAAGAUGAUGUCUGAGCAAAAUGCUGUUGUACAUGUAGAGGAAGCGGUUUUGCUCCAUGCUGCUGAAGGUGAAGCACAAACACACAGCAGUAGAGGCUGUGCUUUAUCGUUUGCUUUGACUAUCGGAAACUGUUUUGGCUAACUUUGCAGGAACAGGUGAAGGUUUAAUUGAAGGCAAAGUCCAGUCCAAUUUUAAUUCAUAUUAGAAAAGCACCUUUUUUUUUUCUUUUUUUUUUUUUUUUUUUUUUUUUUUUUUUUUUUUUUACUUAAAUUCCGAUUUUUAGAUCUGCAGAAGAACCAAAGGUACAAUCUGUAACUAUCUGUAGAGAUUAUUGGAAUCAUUCUUUUGUACUGUAAUUGGUUCCUUGGCAUCUUUUAUUUUUAGUAUCUCAUCCUUGCAGAGAGCACAAUGUUUCCUUCACCUUGGUGAUGGAGAUCCGACUCCCCAUGCUGCGAGGACGUAGUUUACCUACCCGCCUUACACCUGCGUUAAAAUGGCCAAGAUGAUAUUUGGAAAAAAUGUUUUAGUUAGUUGUUUUUUUUUCUUGUUGUUGUUUGGAGGGUGUUUGUUGAAAGCUUUUUUUUUUUAGUCUGUUAUAAUUGUGGUUAUUCAUAACCAAAUGUUUUCUUAAUGUUUAUUUUUCCCCAUGCUUUUUGACGGGGGUGGGGGGGAAGCAAUAUAGUUGUUGUAUUCCAAAAGCUACUAGAUGAAAUAUUAGCCUCGGUAUUGUCCCAAAGGAAAAUGAAGGAGCACAAGCGUUCUGACUCGUCUCUCUCUACACGGACUUUACCUUCUUAAAAAGACAACACAGCCUCAGGUUUGAUGUUUGCCUUGUUCUUCGGGUACUGCAAGACCAAAAAUCAACGUCCGCUUAAUGAAGGAGACGCCUGAACUCUUGAGGACACACGAUGACGCCUUUUUAUUAUCUCUUAUUCAUUUUGGACUUUUCCUCUUUUCACCUCCGCUCAUUUCCCCACCAACACGCUGCUGCUUCUGAGCAGGCCGCAGCUUUUGUACGAGAGUAUAAAUAGAGUGAUGAGCCCGGUUUCUUGCAUAAUGUAUGGUAUGCAUACUGCGUCCGCCAUGUCCAGUCUCAAGUUGCCUUCGACUGUAGACACGUCUACGUUUUCAGUCUGGCAGCAGGACCGGAUGGGCUGGUUUUACCGUUAAGCUGAAGACAUAAUGGACUUUGCAAAAAGGACGUCUUAUUGGGAUUUAUUUAUGUUUUGGAUAUUACAGCCACAAGAGGAAACACUUCUUUUUUUUUUUAAGCUCUGGGCCUCUAUAUGUCUUUGAAUGUCCAUUUGUAAUAGUUUAUAUUUAUUUUUAAUCCAAAUCUAAAGGAUUUUUUUUUAUAUAAUAACAGAUCACAUUUUUUUUUCUUUCUCCCAGAUGGAUGGUAUUAGGUUUGUCACAUUUUGUUAUGCAUGUUUCUGAAGUGCAUGAUGAGUGAGGCUGAAUCGCACGAGUGACAUGCGCACCGAAUAAGUUCUUUUUGUUUGAAACAAUUUUUGGUUUGCUUGAUAUUCUAUCCCAUGUUUUUCAUGUUUCAAGUGGGAACUACAGCAGCAGAAUUUCAUUUUGCCUUUGACGUAUGAACAUACGUAGCAGGCCUGAAGUCUCACCAUUUCUCCUGUGUUGUCCCGUAUGUUGUGGAAAUCUGAUGAAAUGUUCUGCAUUUUCCCAGCACGUCCGUUCUACUGUUCCACGUUUGAGAUUUCAAUGCCGUUUUCUUUUUCCAUUCUAAACAUCACGUGGAGGUUUUGUUCAAUCAUAUUAUCUUUUGUUGCAAUGAACUCACUGUGAUGAGGCUAUACUUGGAAGAAAAAAUGAUUUGUACCGCCAAACUGUAGUCAUUUGGUUAAAACCAGUAAACUGUUCUUUCUUUAAUUU